AUGGCUUCCCAGCCAGAAGCCUUAGAGCUUCUCGACCUCGUGGUCGUCGGUGCGGGAUGGUUUGGCAUCUCUGCCGCCAAGACCUUCUGCCAGCUGCAUCCCGAUGCAUCGUUUGCCGUGCUGGACGCGGCCGCCACGCUCGGUGGUGUCUGGGCUGAGCACCGCCUGUACCCCGGCCUGAAGAGCAACAACAUGCUGGGCACGUACGAGUACCCUGAUAUGCCCAUGGAUACCGCAACGUACGGCGUCCAGCCCGGCCAGCACAUUCCCGGUGCCGUCAUCCACCGCUAUCUCACCGACUAUGCCACCAAGUUUGGCGUAGCCGCUGCCUUCCGCAAACGCACAAAGGUCCUUUCAGCCGAGCUGCGCGACGACGGCGGCUGGACCCUGUCACUGCUCACCGAUGGUGAUGAUGGCGAGUCCUCUUUCUCGACACUCGCAGCCCGCAAGCUUAUCGUAGCCACCGGCCUGACUUCCGAGCCCUUCCUGCCGCAUUUUGCCGGCCAGGAGACCUUUGGUUGCCCCAUCUUCCACAGCAGGGACUUCUUGCAGCACGCAGACUCCAUAGAGACUGCUAAGAACAUCACCGUCUUCGGUGCCACCAAGUCUGCUUGGGAUAUUGCCUAUGCAUACGCCUCUAAAGGCGUCACUGUCAACAUGAUCAUUCGCUCCACCGGCCACGGGCCCAUCUGGCAGGCACCACCAUAUGUCACUCCGCUAAAGAAGUGGCUGGAAAAGCUCGUUAUGACCCGCAUGCUCACCUGGUUCAGUCCUUGUAUCUGGGGCGACUCCGAUGGCUAUGCCGGCGUCCGCGGCUUCUACAGCAACACCGCCGUCGGCCGCAGCAUUGCCAACACGUUCUGGUCCAUCCUGGGCAGCGAUGUCGUGACGCGCAACAAGUAUGACAGCCACCCGGAGACGGCCAAGCUAAAGCCCUGGAGCCCGGCCAUGUUCACGGCCUCUUCCUUCUCCAUACUCAACUAUGAAACGGAUUUCUUCGAACUGGUCCGUAACGGCAGCAUUCGCGUUCAUAUUGCAGAGGUUGCCAAGUUGGAACCCGGCGUCGUCCACCUGACCGACGGUACCCUGCUUGCGUCCGACGCCCUCGCGUGUGCCACUGGCUGGAAGCAUGUUCCGCCGAUGACCUUCUUGCCCAAGGGCAUCGAAAAGGACCUGGGAAUGCCGCACGUCGUUGCUGCUAAUGCUGAUGCGGACGAGCCGAUCGUGACCACGGCUGCGCUGGACCGCGCCGACAAGGAGAUCCUCCGCCGUUACCCUCGCCUGCGCCAGCAGCCCGUGCAGAACAAGAACCUGAAGCCCAUAACAGAGUCUGGUGGCGUGUCCAGCAGCAGCCCCGAAAGUAACUCGCCCCCGGCAAGUGCCCUCGCUCCCUGGACGCUGUAUCGGUUCGUGGUCCCACCGACCGAGCGUUUCCUGCAGCGACGCGACAUCGCCUUUGCGGGCGUCAUCAUGAACUUCUCCAUUCCUACCAUAGCCCACGUGCAGGCACUAUGGAUAAAUGCCUUCUUCGAUGGCGCGCUGUCGCCAAGCGUGCUGCCGCUGUUGCCGAAAGAAGCUGCGGUCGCUGGUGAGGACCCCAUAAAGGCGAAGGCGGCUCUUGAGAAGCUGCGCUACGACACGCUGCUGUACAGCCGGUUUGGCAAGUGGCGGUAUCCGGCCGGCCAUGGCUCGCAGUUCCCCGACUUUGUCUUUGAUGCAUUGCCAUAUCUGGACUGGUUAGUGGGCGACCUGGGUCUGCGCGUCCACCGCAAGGGUGGUUGGCUGUCCGAGGCGACGACGCCAUAUGGACCUGAAGAAUACAGGAAUCUGGUGGCAGAGUGGCAGGCCAAGCAGGCCAAGACGAUUGAGCUUACCAAGCUGGCCAAGCUGAUGAGCCAAGAAACAUGCUAG